AUGGAGAAUAUACUUACUCACAGUCACAGUCACAGUCACAGUCACUUGCAGUUGGUAUUGAGAGGGAGUAAGAGCAGCAGCAACAGCGUCUUCCGGAAACCCUUUGCGAAAUUCCGAACCCUCAACACUCAAAUUGGGUUUGCCUCUUUCCACCCACUCCCAUCAUUCACUGAUACAGUUUCAGAUUCGAAGCAUACAACCCUACUGGUUGAGACUUACCAUGUCCAUCACAGCCUCAGAAUCUUACUUGCGAAGCUUCAGAAGGAAGAUUCAUGCCCUCUCCGCAUUCUCACCGAAGAUGGAGAUUGGUCCAAAGACCAUUUCUGGGCCGUUGUCAGGUUCCUUAAAAAGGCUUCGAGGUUCACUGAAAUCGUUCAGGUGUUUGAUAUGUGGAAGAACAUUGAGAAAUCGAGGAUUAAUGAGUUCAACUAUAACAAGAUCAUAAGCUUGUUAUGUGAAGUGGGAAUGAUGGAAGUUGCGGUAUCUGCAUUGCAAGAGAUGAAAGUUCAAGGUCUCGAGCCUUCUUUGGACACUUACAAUCCAAUAAUUCACGGUUUCUCCAUAGAAGGUAAAUUCAGCGAUGCUUUACAUUUUGUUGAUGAGAUGAGAGAAUUUGGUUUAGAACCGGACACUGAAACCUAUGAUGGUUUAAUUCGAGCUUAUGGGAAAUUUCAAAUGUAUGAUAAGAUGGGUAAGUGUGUGAAAAAGAUGGAGUUGGAUGGAUGUUCUCUUGAUCACAUUACUUAUAAUAUACUAAUCCAAGAGUAUUCACGUGGCGGGCUACUCCAGAGAGUGGAAAAGCUUUAUCAAAGAAUGCUUUCAAAAGGAAUGCAUUUGCAAUCUUCUACUUUUGUUGCAAUGCUAGAGGCUUAUACCACAUUUGGGAUGGUUGAAAAGAUGGAAAAAAUUUACAGAAAACUUUUGAACUCAAAAACAUAUCUAGAUGAUGAUUUGAUUAGAAAAGUGGCUGAAGUUUAUAUCAAGAACUACAUGUUUUCUAAAUUAGAGGACCUGGGACUAGAAUUACGUACAGCAUUUGGUGAGACUGACCUUGUAUGGUGUCUCCGUCUCCUUUCUUAUGCAUGUCUUUUGAGUCGAAAAGGUAUGGAUACAAUUGUUCGGGAAAUGACAGAGGCCAAGGUUCAUUGGAAUGUUACUGUUGCAAAUAUUAUCAUGUUGGCUUAUGUUAAGAUGAAAGAUUUCAAGCAUUUGAGAAUUUUGCUCUCUCUAUUGCCAAUCUAUCGGGUGAAGCCUGAUAUAAUUAGUAUUGGAAUUCUAUUUGAUGCAAAUAGAAUUGGUUUUGAUGGUAAUGGUGCUUUAGAAUCAUGGAGAAGAAUGGGCCAUCUUUACAGAGUAGUAGAAAUGAGAACUGAUUCUCUGGUCCUUACGGCAUUUGGUAAAGGUCAUUUUCUUAAAAGCUGUGAAGAAGUGUACUCUUCGCUUCACCCUGAGGAUAGAGAAAGGAAAACAUGGACUUACUAUGACCUCAUUGCUUUAUUGUCAAAACAUAAUGAUAGUAUUGACUGUGUGAAGCCAAAAUAAUUAACCCACCUUUGCUUUUCAGAAAGCAAGAAAAACAGUGUAAAAAAUUUGUGAUAUCUUACUUUCCAAUUCCAAGUAAGGGAAGAAAGAUAUCACAAAGAUUGUGGAACAUUAUUAUAUAGGGCCUAAAACAAGGGCUCCCUUUGGCUGUGAAAUUAUUGUCAAAGUCAGCCAGAGUCCUAGCUUCCAAUAAUAGAUUGAUUCUUUGACGUACUACAAGUAAGAACUUAGUUGAGCUAUUCCCCACCCAGAACAACUUCAAGAAAACCCUGAUGCUAAUAUUAAAACCGUGUUAGAAUGCAACCAUAGCUCAUAUGACUUCGUAGUAUUUCUUUUUGAAGACCCAAUUGAUUGGUCCCCGUAUUCUGUAUGCAUGGUUUACCGUCCCAAGGAAGAUGCGUGGAAAGCAAAAGAAAGAUUCUUCAGUGGUACUGGUAGGAACAUGAAAUUCAUCAUGCAUGUGCAUCACAAUGGAGCCCUCCACUUCAUUUCAGAUGGCUUCCCUUACUUUGCCAAAGGGAGCCCUUAUCUAAGGCCCUAUAUAAUGUCCUACAAUCUUGAGAAUGAUAUGUCAAAAAUGCUUAGGGUGCCAAAAGAAGCAGCAACGGGUUCUCAUGACUUGAGUUAUAACAUGGGCAUCUUGACAUGGGCAAAGUUUCAAGUUUAGCUCAGUGUUGCAUUUCAUGGUUUUUGUAUGUAAUUUAGAGUUGUUAAUAUAGGAAUAAAACUGUAAUUUUGCAUUUAUUAGUUAUUUAUUUGAUAUUUACAGUACACUAGAUAUUACUCUGCCAUGUGUUCCACUGAAUUAUGUGCUAAACUAGUAAAGUUUGUUGUACUGAGAUCCAUAAAGCACAUCUUGGUAUAUUUCUAUGUUGCUGCUAUACUCUUGAACUAGUUUGUUUAGAUGGUCUGUACAUACUAAAAAUCCUAAUUAUAUUGAUUUGU